AUGGAUAUCACAUUUGGGGCGAUUCCGAUUAUUAUUCUGGUCUAUAAGAGCUAUCGCAAUGUGAAGGAAUUCGUAUCAAGCUACAAAACGUUUGAGGAGGACUCCAGAAGCGUGAAACAGAAGAUUAACGUCCUCGAGGCGAUAUUUACGCAGACACUUGACCAUUCAUUCGAGGGUUUGGUGGAGGAGAGUGUACGGCGGUCCAUGUUACAAGACCCUGAGAGCGAGCAUUGGUCAAAGCCUGAGCUGAAUGAACGUUUCGAAGAGAAGCUUGGGCCCCAGAUGCCGGUUGUAAAAGGUGCAAUAUGGAAUUGCAAGAUGACCUUAAAAAAGCUGGGGGAGACACAGAGGAGCUCCCAAGAUAGGAUCGAUGUGGCUACCGAAGCUGCUCCCCCCGCCGUCGGAGAGCCAGGACCUCAGAAAACCGGGAACAGUGCGUCCAUAGCGUCGACUGUCAUAUGUUCCCGAUUUCGGUCGAAUUAUAACUCCCACAAGAGAUUUGUCGAGUGUAUCAAAGGGAUAAUAGCCGAAAUGAAAGCGUUAUGCAGGGAGCUGCAUGAAGAAAUUACCCAGUUAAGGGUUCUCUUAAAGCUUGUACAGAAAUCCCAGCUACGUCUCGAAAGGUCUGCAGAACUACGAGAGGGUCCUUCGCAAUCAGACGACCCCGUUGUGGACACCGAGAAAGCAUGUCUAGUAAAUGCUGCCACGGGAAGGCUACACCCAAUUGUGUCCAACAACCUACUCUGUGACUGUCAUCUGGUGCAUCUAUGCUUAGAUGGACAGGUUGCAGAAGUAGUAAAAUGUGCUAAGGGUAAAUCCGGGGAGCCUUCGGCAAUAACCGAAGCUCCGACUCAAUUCUCCUUUCGACUAUCUGCUAGUCCCGGUGAUGCUGGAUCUAUAGUCACUCCCCCGCCUAUCACUGUGGUAUUCCUUUCGGAAACGACUGCUGCGCCGAGCCCUGCGCCAGCCGAGGGUACAGGUUCGGCAAAGAUCUGCGAGGUGUUCUCGUCCGAGAUUGAAAGAUAUGAAGGACGCUUUCAUGACUCACAAGAUGGCGGUGGAUUUCGAUUGCGCUUACACCCUUCCAAAUCUGGUUCAAGAUCCUGUCAACCACUUUCGCUUCACGACGUUAUUUCACAUCGCCUUUCCGACCUAACAACCCUGGACCGCUUUCUCAUUGCGAUUAAUCUCGCCAGGUCUCUUUUACACCUUUAUUCCUCCCCCUGGGUCAGAGACUGGGGUAUCAAUACAAUAUAUUUCUUCGAAGGCCAGGAGGAAGCUAACUCGUGCAUCGGCUAUUGGAAACCAUACCUUUCACUACAACGUAACAACGAUAACGUUUCCUAUCUCGCAGAUAAUAAUCGCGACAUCUAUCGCUUGGGAUAUCUUUUGCUCCAGCUUGGCUGCUGCAGCACGAAAGACAUUCCGGCCGGUCAAGAAGAUGUGGCUCUGAUGCUAUGCUUUGAACGCAUCUGUCAAAACAUGGGACCAGCAUAUAGAAACUUUGUAAGAGCAUGUCUUCAGUCUUGGGGGGCGAACAGAAGCAUGAACCUCUUGCAGGAUGAGAACCUGAAAGUCUUUUGGUCACAUGUUACUGGGCUUCAAGGAGCAAUGGCGCAGUUAUUGAAUCAUUCUUGA